AUGUGUGCAAUUCAAGAUUGUCUGACGAAAAAUGGGUACAACGAGGCCAAGUGUGCCAAGUUCGUUGAUGCUCUCUACGAAUGCUGCCAGGCGUUCUAUGAGAAGAACGGUGACAGCGCGGUAACCGCUAGCUGCCCAAAGCCGAACCUGUUGCGGCUGAAGAUGGAGCAGAGGAAAAACGGCAUCCAGUAA